UAUAGACAUUCAGUCGUGAUUUUCCAAAAUGAACGGAAUUACUUUUAAGUACUUGAUAUUAACACUUUUGUUUAACAUUUUAAGUGCUAAUAAAGUUAAGGACGGCAAUUUUACACCGAUCGUUAUGUGGCAUGGAAUGGGGGACAGCUGUUGUUUUUCGUUCAGUUUAGGAGCAGUAAAACAAAAACUGGAAGAACUUCUGCCGGGUGUUCACGUUGUUUCAUUAAGAAUCGGUACUUCUGAAGUAAACGAUGUUGAAAAUGGCUAUUUUUUGCACCCUGACAAGCAAAUUAACAUGGCUUGUAAUUUAAUUCAGGCCGAUCCUCUGCUUUCUGACGGUUUUAACGCAAUUGGAUUUUCACAAGGAGCUCAAUUUUUGCGUGGACUGUUGCAACGGUGCCCAAAAGCCCACAUAAAGAAUUUAAUUUCGUUAGGAGGCCAACACCAGGGUGUUUACGGCUUACCCAACUGUGGCUCCUUAUCACAUUCGAUUUGUGAUUACAUCAGAAGACUGUUGAAUCACGCUGCUUAUUUGGAGUGGGUUCAGAAAGCUUUAGUUCAAGCCACGUACUGGCACGAUCCUCUUCAUGAGCAAGAGUAUAAAAAUUACAGCACGUUCUUAUCCGACAUUAACAACGAAAUCACAAUUAAUACAGAGUAUGUUCAAAGACUGCAGACCUUGGAUAACUUUGUUCUAGUCAAGUUUGAUAAUGACACCAUUGUUGAGCCAAGAGAGACGGAAUGGUUCGGGUUUUAUAAGCCAGGACAAUCGUCGGUCAUUCAAAACUUGAAGGAAUCGCCGAUUUAUACCGAAGAUCGUCUUGGCCUGAGAAAGCUGGAUGAGGACUCAAAACUUCACUUUUUGGGAGUAAUUGGGAACCACCUGCAAUUCGAGUGGGGAUGGUUCCAGGAAAAUAUACUUGAUUCUUAUUUAAAAAAUUAGUUUUUCUCCACUUACCUGUAGUAACUUAUUGAUUUCAAAUACUCUUUAAAAAAGACAAUUUUUUUAUAUUUUUCAUGUACGAGUGUUUUGCCCAAAGACGAAAUAAAGUUAUUCUUAAAUUGAA